AUGCUUUUUGUCCUGACAUUCCCUCAUGAGAUCAUUUCCUUCAGUGACUGCUUCCUUCAGUUCUACAUUUCCUUCUCACUGGGCAGUACCAAAUGCUUCUUCCUCUCAGCCAUGUCCUUGGAUCGGUAUUUGGCUAUCUGCCAUCCUCUUCGCUAUCCACAAAUUAUGUCCCCCAAUUCUUGCUAUGUUCUGGUGGCUACUUGUUGGGUCCUUGGCUUCCUGUGGUAUGUUAUCCCUGUGAUUUUGAUCUCUAGGUUGUCCUUCUGUGGCCCCCGAAUCAUCAACCACUUCCUGUGUGACCCUGGGCCGAUUCUGUCUCUUGCCUGCCCUCCGCUAGGAAUCGCCCCCAGUGUCUGCCAAAUGUUUAUGAAUGUAUUGGUUUUAGGCAAUGUCUUCUUUGUUUUGCUGUCUUACGGUGUUGUGAUUCUAACCCUGAUGAAAACCUCCUUCCAAGGCGGUCUUAAGAAGUCCUUCUCUACUAUAUCUUUCCACCUGUUGGUGGUGACCCUUUUCUAUGGCUCUGUGAUUGGGAUGUAUUUAGCUCCAAGUGGAGAUAAUUCUUCAGAGGUCACUAAAGUUGUGACGGUCUUCUAUACUGCCGUUACACCCUUUCUCAACCCCAUGAUUUAUUGUCUGAGGAACGAUCAGGUGAAGGAAGCACUGCGAAGGUUGUGGAAGAGAAGGGUGAAAUUACUGAGGAGCCGAGUGAUGACGUGA